AUGAAUUAUCCUGUAAGGACAAAGGAUACAGCUGAUCAUUCUGGGUUCGAUGUACAAUUGGAUUGGUUAUACAAAGGGAAAAGAAGAAGUAAACCAAAGGGACUGAACGCCUUACCUAUUAGGAAGAAGCCUCCUACGGCAUCUUCUACUCCUACUCCUACUAUUACCAUCUCAGGGAGUAAUGAUACCACUACUACUAGUGCACCUAGUACUAGUGCACCGGUGUCUAAAAUUAGAAGUAGAUCGAAAUCUAUCUCUAAUGGUAUGUUAUCAGAAAGUAAAACAUCUUCAAAUGAAUGGAGUACAGUGAAGCAAGAUAUCUUGAAGAAGAACGGUCAUAUCUCUCCUGGGAAAACCAGUAGAUCAAGGUCAGCUACAAUGACUGAGAAUGGUAGUAGUAUCGAUUUAAAAGAAUCUACAUUGAAACAAAUUCCUAGUCCCAGUACCAAUACUAAUGCUAAUACUACAGGUAUACGUAGAAGUAACUCUAUGAAUGAAAAACCAAAAAGAUCAAUUUUCAGUAGUUUAUUUGGGAAAAAAACACAGGAUGCAUCACCAAAUUUAACUGUACAGACUAACAAUUCUUCUAUAUCGACUGCUACACCAGUUAAAGUCGAUCAGAAACAAGAGAUUAUCAAUGAAAAUGUCUCUGAGUUGUCUCAAUUGGCAAGAAAUCGUUUAAGAAGAGUUAGGUUUGCGGUCGAUAAGAUAGAAGAUGAUCCACCACAACAAUUACCUUCAAGGAAACCUAAAAUGGGAAAUAUUCUGAUCCCGGAAGAAAUGGUUAGUAGUACACCUCUAAUAUCCGUUGGAAUAAGUAAUUCAAAAGGAAACAAUGGUAAUGAUGGUCAAACUUCGGCUCCUUCUUCUUCACAACAAAUGAGGAAGUUUACUAGGGACUCAAAAGAAUAUAAAAUCGUCUUGGAACAUUAUAAGAAAAGUUUAAAGGAAUCUGAAAGAAGACAAAUGGAAUCUCAUGAAGCAGCAGAAUGUGUUGCUAAAGAAGUUAGAAAUUAUAAACCAGGAACUCCCUUGAAAAAAAUUAGAAGUAAUGAGUCUCGUAUGAGUGCUAAUAGUGACGACGGAUUGGAAAAUGAUGCUACGAUCGAUUCAACUUUGAUGUCAAAUGUAGAGAUUGAUAAACCUUUACAUGUAAAUGCACAUCCUUUCCAAAAUUUACAAUCAGAACCAGCUUCUCCAAACUCUAAAAGUAUUAAUAAAGAGAUGACUUUAGAUGUAAUAUAUACAAGAUGUUGUCAUUUAAGGGAAAUCUUACCUAUUCCAUCAACAUUAAGACAAGUGAAAGGUAAGACUGCACCGUUGCAUGUUAUAAAAUUUUUAAAUCCAAGACCCACUUUGAUUGAUAUUCUCUCAUUUUGUGAUUUUAUAUCUAUUGUCCCCAUUCAUAUUGUUAUCUUUGAUAAUGUUCUGUUAAGUUCAGAAAUGUUUAGAAUUUUAUUGACAUCCUUAGUUAAUUCAAAAGUAUUAGAAAAAAUCGGUUUAAGAAACGUCGUAAUUAAUCAAUCAGACUGGAGAUUUUUUUGUAAUUUUAUGUUUCAAAAUAAAUCUGUUAUUAAGUUGGAUAUUUCUCAAACAAAGACAAGAAGUGAACAAGAUUUAUCCACUUAUAGAGAAAAUAUGAAUUGGUCUCUCUUUGCAGAGGUAUUGAAUACAAGGAAAGGUCGCCCAUUGGAAGAAUUGUUAUUGAAUGGUAUUAAAAUUUCAUAUAUCCCAUUGGAUGAAUUUAUGGCACUUUUAAAUAUUUUCGGUAAAAAAAACAAAGGUAAAAAUAAACAAAGGUUAGGGAUGGCAAUGACAGAUAUUGAUGCAGAUCAUAUUAGAAAUUUGUUUAAUUGGAUGUCUCAAUUUGGUAUUCAAGGGGUGGACUUUGCAUUUAAUAAUUUAACUCCAUUGCUAAAACCAAUUAUUGAUAAACUUUCGUUAUUAAAUUAUGAUCGUUUGGAAUAUUUUACAUUGAAUAGUACAUUUUUAAGUGAUAUUGAUGAGGUGACUCGUUUGUUGAACUGUUUGGCCAAAUUACCAAAUUUACAAUUCUUAGAUUUGAGUAAUUUACCAACUUUAUUUCCAGCCAUCUUCCCAUCAUUAAAUGAAACAUUACCAAAGUUUAAACAAUUGAAAAGAAUUCAUUUGGAUAAUAAUAAUAUGGAUGAUAAACAAUUGACUUUAUUAUGCAAUAUCUUGGUUAAAUGUAAAUCUUUAUCACACAUAUCAUUGAUGACUGUGAUAGCCACGCCAAGCCCUGUUGAAAAGAUACCAACAGGUCCCGAUGAAGUUAUGGAGUCGAAAUUGGGAAUGACCCCAUUUAAUGCUGAAGAAACAAAACCAAUAGAUGAGAAAACGAACGAAUUUAUUAAAUCGUCCUUGUGGGGCCAAUAUUAUAGUUUGGCCCAUGAUCUACCAAACUUAUUAAGUUUGGAUAUCAAUUACAAUGAAAUUCCAGAUGAAUUACAAUCUCGUAUUGCUUUGUGCCUAAUGAGAAAUAUGAAGAUGACAAUGGAUUCUACAUUCCAAAUUGAUGAAUUGACCUCCCAGGAUGAAUUGUUAUUCGAUGGUUCCUUAUUAACAGAUACUGCAGAUCAAGUAUUGAAGAGAUUUGAAGAAACUUCUGUUGAUGGUACAGUACAUACAGGAGAUUUGGAUGCCAGUAGAAAAUAUAUGUUAAAGAAAUAUAUUGAGAAAUUGGACAAUGUCUUGAAGAAGGUUCAAAUUACCAUAGAUUUGAUGCUAGAAAAGAGUAAAAACGAUCAAUUACCUGAAAAGGAAAAGGAGAAUUUAUUAAGUUUGUUGUUAUUGAAGAGAAACCUUUCGAAUAUCUUAGAGAUACUAUUGGAUGUCCCAAGACAAGCUUCUGAAGUCACUUCUCCUGUAUCACAAACUGUAUCAUCCUUCGACGCUAGAGAUAUUACUACACCUACGACUCCUAUGAGACCAGAUUUAAGACAUAUGGACUCUGCAAGAUUAUUAUCUCAAGCAGUGGGUACUGUGGUAGAACGAGCCACUGAUCAUACCAGGGAACGCGAAGAAAGAGAAAUUGAAGCUUCUCGUCCUCAUUUGAUGGCCACUGACUCUGGUAGAGUCAUUGAUGUUCAAACGGGUCAACAGGUGCUACAUAAGUCUUCUUCCAAUACCUCACUGGCUAGCAAAUUACAAGAACAAGAAGAAGGUGAAUUCCAUAAAUGGGGUUACUUCAGACAACACGCUUCAUUGUUAAAUGGUGAUUCGUCGUCACCUACCAUCACAACACCAAAUAAUGAGGAAGAAAAUGCAUCAAUGGGCACUACGACACCUAAACAGGAACAAGACAUAAAUCCAGGAACGGAUUCUAAAUUGAGGGAUACAAAACCAAAGAUUUUACCAAAGAUCCCUACUGGUUCUGAGUUGCGUAAAGCAAUUAUGAAGGCAAAGGGUGUUGAAUCUAUUGAUGAUUUGAUUAAGAAGGUGAGUGACAAUAAAUCGGAAUUAGAAUCUAUUUAUAAUGCGGCUUUAAACCUAAGUCAAGCAUCUACUAUUGAUGAUUCAAUUAGGGACAAUAUUGUUUCCUCAUCUUCUUAG